GCUUUUGUUUGGGCUUUCUCUUCUCCGUCUUCUUACCAACCUCUUUCGAUUCUUUCGCAUUCAUCUCUCUUGAUUUUUAGUCUUUUUUCUUGGCUUUUUAAUCAGAUUUCUGGGAUUUAUUGGCCGGGGUUUUCUUCUAGAUCUUUUCCAAUGGGUUUUGGGAUUUUAAGCUUUGGAUGAGAUUGGUAUCGGGAAUUUCUGACUUGGGGCCUCUUGAUUUGUGGGAAUUUUUGUGAAUAAUAACUGUGUUUUUCUUCUGUCAGUUGAACUAAAAAAAUACCCUAUUCAUAUGAUUUUCGGUGUUUGAGAUUGUGAGUUUUUUCUUUAUAGAGUUUCCGACUGUGAACUUUCAAUAUUUUUUCCGAUCUCAAUUGGAUCGGAGCGGUAUUUUUUUUUUUUUUCUAGGAUUUUUUGGGCGUUUGAGUUUGCAGGCUUUCUUUUUCCCCAACAAUGGUUACGGUAAAUCUAGGCGUCCUGCAUUACGUUUUGGAUCAUAUCUAUGGCGCGUGCAUGCAUCGGACGAAACUAAGUACGCCCUUUUUCUCGCGGGGAUGGGGAGGUAGCAAGCUCGAUAUGUUGGAGAACAUGAUCAAGCAGCUUUUACCUGAAGCUGUCAGCGAGAACUGGCCCCCCAAUUUAGUUCAGCCCGUUUGGCGGACGGUUUGGGAGACGAGGACUGCUUGCCUCCGGGAGGGUGUUUUCAGGACUCCAUGUGAUGAGAAGCUGAUUGACGCAUUGCCUCCUGAAAGCUACAAUGCGAGGGUCGCUUUCCUUAUGCCGAAGUCUGUUCCGCCUCAGAAGAUGGCUUGCGUAGUUCACCUCGCAGGCACUGGGGAUCAUACAUUUGAGAGAAGGUUGCGUCUCGGUGGGCCGCUAUUGAAGGAAAACAUUGCGACCAUGGUACUUGAGAGCCCUUUCUAUGGACGGCGACGUCCUAGACUGCAGCAUGGUGCAAAGCUCCUCUGUGUCAGUGACUUGCUAUUGUUAGGAAGAGUCACGAUUGAGGAAGCUCGAAGUCUUUUAUACUGGUUGGAGGCUGAGGCUGGCUUUGGGAAGAUGGGUGUCUGUGGGCUCAGCAUGGGGGGAGUGCAUGCUGCAAUGGUUGGAUCACUGCACCCAACGCCAGUUGCCACGCUGCCAUUCCUCUCUCCACACUCUGCAGUUGUGGUCUUCUGUGAAGGGAUUUUGAAGCACGGGACUGCCUGGGAGGCACUGAGAGAAGAUGCAGCACAGAAAGCUGCAAUGACGCUUGAGCAAGUGCGAGAACGCAUGCGGUCUGUACUGUCACUGACUGAUGUCACUCGCUUUCCACUUCCGAAGAAUCCUGAGGCUGUUAUUUUCGUUGCCGCUACUGAUGAUGGGUACAUUCCUAAGCACUCAGUGAUGGAGCUCCAAAGAGCUUGGCCAGGUUCAGAAGUGAGAUGGGUGAUGGGUGGGCAUGUCUCAUCUUUCCUCCUACACAAUGACGAGUUCCGUAGGGCGAUUGUUGACGCACUCGACAGAUUACAGUGGAAGGGUUCUUCAUUGUGACUGCCACGUUUCGAUGAUUCUUUGAUGUGGGUAAUGUUUUCUUAUCCAAUUCAUUGCACCUCUAACAUGUACCCGAGCUAAUCCUCUCACACCCCAUCCUAUUGGCUUGUGUUUUUAGUAGAAACUUUCCUGAUUAAAGGGGGAAAAUGUAUAUUUUAAUGGUCAGGGGCAUGUGUCAUUAGAAAACAUAAUAAAAUGCUUUGUGGGAUACGAUUCUUGAUCCCUGGUGAAAUUCUCUCA